AAAAAACCUGAAGCCAAAGCUCAUUUUUCUGGUCGAGCCAGUUGAACUAGCUAGUGAGUUCCUGUGCUGAGAACUUGUAGAAAUGGAGGCCUCAGCGGGGAUUGUUUUCUUUGACUUGGAAACGACAGUGCCCAGAAGAGCCGGGCAGCGGUUCUGGGUGUUGGAGUUCGGUGCAAUUGUAGUGUGCCCGCGUAGGCUUGUUGAGCUGGAGAGUUACAGCACCCUGAUAAGGCCCAAGGACUUGUCGGCGGUUGCGUUGAAGUCGAGUCGAAGCGAUGGGAUAACUCGUGCAGCUGUAGAAAAUGCACCUGAGUUUGCGGAAGUUGCUGAUAGAAUAUUCUGCAUUUUGAAUUCCAGAGUGUGGGCAGGCCACAAUAUACAAAGAUUUGAUUGUGCUCGUAUCAAAGAGGCCUUUGACGACAUCGGUAGGCCGGCACCGGAGCCAGUUGGAAUGAUUGAUUCUUUGGGGUUGUUGACUGAGAAAUUCGGUAGAAGAGCUGGCAAUAUGAAGAUGGCUUCAUUGGCUUCUUACUUUGGGCUUGGGCUGCAAAAGCACAGGAGCCUCGACGAUGUUCGGAUGAAUUUGGAGGUCCUGAAACAUUGUGCAACUGUGCUCUUUCUGGAAUCAAGCCUUCCGAGCGAGUUGAAUCGCAAAUUGAACAGCUCUCUCAGAAUUACAACAAGAAGUAGAAGCAAUGGAAGAUUAUCAUGUAGAGAAGAGACAACCAGGAAGUCUCCUCCAACUUCAGUUGGAUAUCAAAGAACUGUUCCCUACACAAGGGGAAGCUUGGCGAAGAUGACAGAAAGUGUGAAGAAUCUAUUGUGUAAAUCUCAAGGAAACCAACCUCUCAACGCCUUGCUCAAGCACUCUCAUUCACUGCUUCGUUGAUGGGAAAUUCAGACGUAAAUACAGUUCGGUAAAAAAUGAGAAGAGAAGUUCAGAAUUUCUGCUUGGAGAGGAUGAAAACUGAGAACCAUGUGUUGUUUUCAAGAGGACAGGCUUAGUGCCAAGAAAAAUUCAAUAGCAAACUAUGUAAUUUGUUUAUGCCAUUGAAUUUUCAGAAGUAUAUUCCAUUUAUUCUUUCAAGGUAUCCAUUU